AUGGCUGCGCAGCAAUACAAGGAAGAAUCGCACGUGUUCAACGCCGGACCAUUAGGCUGGCUCGAAGGAUUGUCUCUAUCUGAUGCCUCCAAUGGAGCGCCAGUUUGCAAGUACUUUGGGGGCAUUCCUUAUGGCUCCAUUCCCGAAAGGUUUCGACGCGCACAAAGGCUGCCUCAACAAUCUAGUCUGGGAACAAAGCACAAUCCUGGCCAGCACACCACCUCUGCGAGCGUUUGCCCACAGCCGGGAUGGCGCGGUCCACCUGACCAGACACGUUGGAAUGAGAAUUGCUCGCAGCUCAACAUCUACAUGCCAUUUGGUACUGCUCCCAAGGAUGGAUGGCCUGUGUUCUUCUAUAUCCAUGGCGGAUUCUUACAGUGGGGCUCACCCAACUUUCCUCCCUCUUCCAUGGCUCCGUUGAUGCAGAGCGCAUUCAAAGCUAUCCUUGUAGUCCCAGCCUAUCGACUCAACGCACUCGGUUUCAUCUCCAGCCACGAGUUCCAAGCUGAAGCAAACGCGAACAAUGACACAGUCGGCAACUUGGGCUUCUGGGAUCAACGACUGGCUCUGGAGUGGACCUCAGACAACAUUCAAGCCUUCAACGGAAAUCCCAAGAACAUCACAGUCGGGGGCUACUCGGCUGGGUCACAUAGCACAUUCCAGCAGCUAGCACAUGAGCUCUACUUUGUCUCCGACCAGCAGGCUAUCAUCAAGCGAGCAAUCAUGUGGUCAAACUCACCCGGAGUGCAGCCAAAGACAAUUGACGAACAUCAAAAGCAAUUCAAUGAGCUACUGACCGUUUUAGACAUACCACUCUCUCUACCAGCGAAUCAAAAGCUGCAACGAUUGCGAGCAGUGCCACAGCAUCGCCUAGUAUCGGCACAAAACGAGAUGAAGAUUAGCGAGUUUCGAGCUCUUUCGGAUGGCCACUUCAUUUCCAAGACGAUCAUCGCAGACAUUAAUAGCGGCGACUUCGCCAGACGAAUGAAGGCUCGCGGCAUCACAUUGAUGAACGGGGAGUGCGAGCAGGAGCACUCUUUGUAUGAAGCAUGGAGGACGCCGACGGAAUCCUAUGAAGCGGUUUAUACGAGACUGUGCGGCGAUUACCCUGAGGCUGUUGUUCGAAAGCUGAUGGACUACUAUUGUGGCAAGUCUCGUGCUUUACCCGGCGGCGCAAGGAACUGGGCGGAUGCUUUCGGGAAGCUGUAUGCAAAUAUGCAAGUACACUGCCUGGAGAGAGGCUUUCAUGCUGCGCUCGAGAAGGGUGGCUUGACUUUCGGUAAAGACGUCCUCCGCUAUCGCUUCAACUGGAGAGUGAGUGGCCUGGAUGCCGUGUACCCACCAUCUUGGGGAGUCACCCAUGCCACCGAUAUGGCCAUUUGGUUGUUUGGGCUUGAUUGUGACGGAGGCCUGACAGACGAUGAGAGGCGAAUAUUAAGGCCUUGGAAUGAGGCAUUUGCGGCAUUUGUUCGCGGAGACGAAGUCAAUUGGGGCACAAAUCACGUCAAGCAGAUGCGAAGAUUGAGAGCAGAUGGUGUGACCGACAUUUGGGUCGACGACCGCUGGGAGGAGGGCCUCGAAGUUUGGAGCGAGGUCAAUAAUGCCCGGAUUGCAUCAAAGCUAUGA